AUGGCUGUCGUGCAACUGAACAAACAGAAAGUCAGACCGGUGAUGGACUUUCGAGAAAUGAACACCCACGUGGACACUUUCACGGCAGAUGCGGACGUGUGCAAUGAAAAGUUGAGAGAGUGGCGCAAGCUGGGGAGAGACGUGGCGCUUUUGGACCUCAACAAGGCCUAUCUGCAAAUUCACGUGGAAAAGGAGAUGUGGCCGUACCAAACGGUUAUCGUCGGUGGCGUGCGAUACUGCCUGACGAGGAUGGGCUUUGGCCUCAGCGUAUCGCCCUGCGUCAUGAAAUCCGUGCUGGAUCUGGUCGUCAGCCAGGACUCGGACGUGCAGCGGGCAGUGUCGACGUACAUUGACGACGUGCUGGUUGACGAGGCCGUGCUGCCGGCUGAGAAGGUGGCCGAGCACCUGAAGCGCUUCGGUCUGGAGUGCAAACCGGCAGUAAAACUCAAGGACGGAGGCAGAGCUCUGGGGCUGAGAUAUGAGCAGGGCGUGGUGACACGCACGCUCUCGGAACAGGCCGUGGAGGUGAACGGAGUGCCCCGCCACGUCCGAGAGCUGCGACAUCGGCUCCAACAGGACCAUGAAGCUGAGGAUGACAGUGACUCAACGCUCCGUCUGGAUUUCAACCACCACGUUUUGGAGCAUGUGACGCUGAGUGACAAUGACGGUGACGGACUGGGCAUCAUGUACUCGGACAUCUACAAGAUAGACGACGUCAACCAUUUCAAGCACGUCGAGUCUCGCUACAACCGCGGCCACGGGAUUUCAAUGCGAACCGCCUGGCUGGAUAUGACCGAUUGUAGGCUGAUGGGGAACCAGCAGUCGGGUCUGCACUACGAGCCGUCCCUGAGCCGCUCCGAGCAGAGGGAGCUGGUCAGGUGGAUUGCAGAGGCACCCGAGAGGAAGCUGCUGCUGCCCUCUGCCGACAGCAACAUCGUGCUGAAGCAGGAUGAGCCGGUCUACCUGAUCACCAUGGGCGCAGAGCGGGCCACGGACAAAGUCUUCAAUAUCAGGACUGCCCGUGAAAACGUCAUCGGAAUCCAGGUGUUGAACCCGGGUGCCGAGGAAUCCACCGAAGACGUGCACGUUUACGACUACUACAAGAUACAGCCGGAUGUCGAGGUGUGGCAGCUGCGAAGGGACUUUUUGGCCUUCCCGGUGAGCUCGUCCAGUUACCAGGUGGUCAUACGCUACCUGGCGCCGGGGAGAACCAGGGGAGGAGCCGUCCUCCUGCUCACCGCCGUCAGACGCUCGGACGUGCUGAACGAACGUCCAACUUCCCUGCUGCGUCGGAUGGUCAUCCCGGGCAGAACGCCCCGCAUCAGACUCUUCAAGUCAACCGUGGAAAACAACAGACGCGGCAUCUCAGCGCAUUUCUACGACAGGUACCGCGGGGACCUGCACGAGCUGCGUCUGAGACGGUCCAACCAGUCCAUCGAGGUGUGCGACUGCACCAUCACCGGUAACCGGGAGCAGGCGGUGCUGCUGCGCUCCCCGCUCCGCGAGGUCACCUCCUCCAACAUCUCCGAGGUCACCGUCAUCGUCAACCGCACCACCAUCGACGGAAACGGGGCCGGCCUCCAGCAGAUCUCCAACAACCUGUGGCUGUCCAACAAUCUCUUCCACUGGGUGUUGCACAACAACACCAUCUCCUCCAGUGGACGGGGCGGCGUCGAGCUGAGCCUGCCGUACGUCUGGCAGUACAACGAGAACUUCACCCACUCCAUCUACAUCAGCGACAACGCCUUCAGACACAACUCUGAGCUCCGGCUGUCCGUCAGCGGACACUUCUCUCGGGUACAGCUCAGCGGCAACAGCCUCACAGACAACACCGCCGCGGGACCCAUGAUCGCCAUCUCUGGCAUGGAGAAGGAGUUUCUCAUCACCGACAACACCAUCCGCAACAACCGGGCUCCCACAGUCGUCAAUAUACACUCCGAUAGCCAGACAGCCGUCAUCGGGAACGUCAGUGCCGAGGUGACGCGCAACGUCAUCCGCGACAACUCUCCGCCGCUGACGUCAGGCGAGGAGGUGGACCUCGCCAGCUACGUGGUGGCCGUGCGCGGCGUGCAGCCGGUGAAUGUGACAGACAACGUGCUGGCCACGAACGGCAUGCGCUACGUGCUGCUGGCCGGCAGUCGGGUGUCCGGCCUGGGUACCGCCAUGGACGCGCGCCGCAACUGGUGGGGUACCCGCGAGCCCACGGAGAUCCGCCGGCUGAUCGUCGAUUUUGACGACCGGGCCGGGUACGUGCCGGUGACAUUCAGUCCGUUCCUGACGCAGAGCUACGUGGGCGCGCCUCAGCAGCAGGACCGCGGCUCGGACGGCCCGAUGGAUCUGGACCGACUCUGCGGCAGACUCACACAGAACCUGACGCUCAGGUACCGUCCGGAGCCGUACCUGGUGUGGUCGGACCUCACCGUGAUGCCGACAAGCACACUGCACCUGGAGCCGGGCGUCAUCCUCGAGUUCCACCCGGGAGUAGGACUUCUGGUGCUGGGAAGACUGAUGGCCAUCGGCAACGAGGAGCGAAGGAUUGUGAUGAGGCCGGUGUCUCUGCGAGGCGAUGGUGAGGGUCGGAAGAGGAGCUUGCCGCCGGGUGUGACGAGGUUGAGGGCCUCGAGUGAGGUGUUGGAGAAUCGUCGAGGCGGAAGAAGUUCUCGUGACUUGUCACGGAACUCACGAGCUGAAAGAGACACUCGUGAAGUCGCCCUGGGCGAGGCGGAGGAGCAGUACGGCGGUCCGGUGGGCCAGACCGCUCCGGAGUGGCGCAGCCCACCGCCCGGCGCGGCCAUACGCCAGCCGCUCCCCGUCCGUCUCUGCACCCCGGGCAACUGCACGGGCUCCAGCGGCUUCCUGGAGCUGUUCAACCGCACCACGCGCCAGUGGGUGCCCGUGUGUGACCGGCACUUCUCCGACCGCAACGCCGAGGUGGUGUGCCGCCAGCUGGGCCUCAGCGACGUGCACGUGCACGUGGCGCUCGGUCAGAGGACAGAGUUCACCGAGCUGACGCUGCGCUGGGUCACCUCCUGGUCGGAGCCGAUCCAGUGCUCCGGCGAGGAGCGCCGCCUCGGCGACUGCCACCUGCGGCAGACCGGCCGCGAGCCGGACCCGACCGGCGCGCCGUACGUCUGUGACUGGCUCGAUCCGUUUGUGUUCGUCGACUGCGGCUCGCCGGUUCCUGUGGAGGCCGCCCGCGCCUGGGGAGGGAUCCGCUUCUCUCCGGGCCGGCUGGAGGAGGCGCUGCGCCGUCCCGAGGACGCGCCCCUCUCCGUGAUGCGUUACGUGGAUGUGGUGGGCGCCGGCCGGCAGCACGGCCUGCCGUCUCCAGCUGUCCUCUCCGUGCGCCGCGCGCCCGACGUGCAACACAUCCGUGUGACCGACAGCCUCGACGACGGCGUGGCGGCCGUCAGCCCCGAGCAGUCCAUGGAGCUGCUGUACCUCAGCGUCAGCGGCAGCCUGGGCGUCGGCGUGAGCAUGGCGAUGCUGACCGGGGAGGCGCGCAGCGCGGGCCACAGCUCGUUUGUGCCUGUGCAGAACGUGACGCUGCCGUACAGCGUGUUCGGCAUGCUGGACGUGUGCGACUCGGUGAAGGAGGUGGUGGUGCGGGAGCGCGUGCUGCUCCACUACAGGUACGACGACAGACCGGUGGACUGCGUGAAAAUCUUCAAGUCGGCCGCCGAGGUGAAGACGCUGGGAUUCAGACUGCUGCAGUUCAACCUGGCCAACUCGAGCGACUUCCCUGAUCUGGCUCCCGACUCGAUCCGACUGUUUGACGGCGACAUUUGGAACGUGACGUCGAUCCUGAUGUCGGAGCUGACGUACGCCAGCGUCGCCGACAGCGUGCUCUUCCACACGACCAACGAGACGACGCUGAGCGUGCAGUGGCACUCGAGCGGCGGUCACAGCCGGCACGGCUUCAUCGCAGAGGUCGUCACCCUGCCCGUCUCCUCCAUCGGAUUCAGUCGUGAGGUGAUGCACAACAUCUCCUUCUCGGAGAUAUACGAUAACGAGGGCGGCGCCGUGACGUAUGUCGGUGCCGGCGAGAUCAACCCCACCGUGACCAUGGAGUGGAACCGGAUCACCGGCAACGGCAGGCACAUGUACGGCAACUUCAGCACGGCCAGCGCCGCCGUCAGCAUGGACGUACAGAACAUGCAGUACCUCUACUUCACGAACAACCUGUUGCGGUACAACCAGGGCGGCCUGCGUCUGCUGGCUGACUCCAGUGGUCUGGCCACGGCUCUGAAGGCGCACAUCAGCCACAACCUGUUCAGCGACACCCGGCAGCACCCGUCACUGCUGGUGGAGGGCCGGCGUACAUCGCCCUACCAGGAGGCCAUCGUCUACUAUAACUACAUCACAAGGGCCGACUGCUUUUACCGAGAGGUCAUCGAGUUUUCACAGGUUGUUACCAAUUUUACUCACAACCUCAUCUAUAACAACAACGGCUUUCACACGAUGAAGGUGACUGGCUUUGAGCGCGUCCAUCUGCCCAUCUACCAGAGCUUCGUACGCAACAGCUUCUACGAAAACUACGCGACUGACGAGGAUAACCGUACCACCAUCCUGGUGAGCAGCGCCGGCCAGCGGUACGCCGAGAACGUGCUGGUUAACGAGGACAACGACUACGAAAUGGCCACCAUCAACCGCACACAGGAGGAGCUGAAAAUGUCCAACUACAGGUACGAGAUCUGGAAGACGCCGCUGGACGCUCGGAGUAACUGGUGGGGCUACAACGAGACUCGGGCCAUCCAGGGACGAAUCAAGGACAAGCUGGACUUCCACGGUCUGCUACGGAUCGACUUCAGUCAGUUCCACAUGAACAACUUCUCGCUGCUGAGCGACAAGUGUCCGCCCGGCUGGACGCUGGUCGACACCACGUGCUUCAUCUACGUGCCGGCGCCGAUGACGUUCGCCGAGGCCAAACAGUUCUGUCAGGGCGACAACGCGUCGAUGCCGUACCUGCAGCGUCACACGGGCGAACUGAUCGGCUUCAUCCGCGGCCAGCAGCCGUUCUACAACUGGCGUCUGGACCGGGUGUGGAUGCAGCACCUGGACAUUGUGCAGGGCUGCAGCUUCUUCGUGCAGCAGCGGGUCGUCAGCGGACCGUGCGACCUGCACCUGCCCUUCCUCUGUGAAAUGGACCCGAUGGUGUACGCGGACCCGCUCUCCUGGUUCCGCGACCCGGCGGUGAUUGGCGUCAUUGCCGGCGCCUCGAUCGCGCUGCUCGUCCUGAUCAUCCUGCUGAUGCUGUGGGCGUUCAAGUCGCGCCACCGGCGCUCCGAGAAGCUGAUGCGCCGGCGCAGUGUGCGCAGCAGCGCGCGCAGCACGCGCUCGCUGGUGGCGGCCAGCAGGUCCGGCAGCGCGUCAGAUGUCAGCAGCGUCAGACGCACCAAACAGGCCAUGAGCCAGGGCUCAGAUGUCGCGUCGAGCGCCGGUCCGGUGGUGCUGACCUCUGCCGGCACCGACGAGGAGAGCUCCACUGCCGAGUACGACUCUCGGUUCACCCCUCAGAGGACGGCGUUCCAGCACCCCUCCCUGGACACCCCGCCGCCGAGCGAGCCCGACUCUGACUCCGACUCGGCGCCGCUCUCCGAUCCUGACUCCACGGACUCACCGCCCAGAUUCGAGCCGGCCGCCGCUCCGGUCUCGCGCCAUCCUGCCGGCGGCUACCCUCGCCAGCCGGUCUCCGAGACCUCCACCGAGUCCGAGUGUGCCGACAGUGGGAGCGGUAACUACACGGCCGUCCUGCCGCCCUACGGCCGCUCCCGCCGACAGACGCCCGGCGUCGACCCCGUCUACCAGAACAUCGGACCCGUCUAUGAGAACAUGAGCGAGGUGCGGCGGCCAGCGUCGCCCGGCUCGCGCGGGGUGCACGCGGCAGUGUCGAUGGGCCAUCUGCCGCGCGGUAUGAGUGUGUACGCGGCCGGCGCGCCGGGACCUGACGAGCCGUUCCUUCAGGGCAGGACGCGCUCUCAGCCGAUGCUGGACUUUCUGGAGACAGCGAUAUGACACUGUCGAGCGAUAUUGUUGGCCAGUAGAGGCCUGGAAGUGGUAGUCCGUUGUGGUAAGGCCGUGAGAUUGUUCGUCUGGGACUCAGGACACCGGAGGCGUUUUGUAAUGAUUUGUGGUGAGCGCCGGGUGCCAACGAUCUUGAGCUGUCCUUAGGAAGUGCUGAAGUAUUGCGAGAUAUUGCUGAGAAUCGAAACUGGGCAACGAAACAAGUGUUUGUUGGGCUGAAGAGCAGCGACGCUUCAGUCAUUAAAGAUACUCUCGUUGUUACUUUUUCAUGUUUAUCAACGCUUAUGAAGUCGUGGCCCUUCAUGACAUCACCAACGCCUUUGAACCACGAGCCCACCGCGCAACUACAGCGAACUUUCGCCAGCGUGUGAUCAAAUUCAUUUAUUCAUUCCAUAGUGCAGCAAUUUCCAGUGUGUUUCCAGCGUGUGUGUUAUUUCCAGCGUGGCCUGACACGGGCGAUCUACGCUGUGCUUGUAUCGAACAUUGAUGUGCUGAUAUAGCGAGAUUCCGGAGGCGAGACUGGCCAAAGACUGGUUAUUCCUGGGCUACUCUUUACCAGUACUUUUAUACCAAGAGCGCGUGCGAGUUUAUGGUAGUGUACCUGCCCGCUUUUGAGUGUUUGGAGUUGAGUGGCCAGUGAGGAUCGUCCGGUACUUCAACCUUGUAUUAUACAUUUGUAGAAGGGUGUAUAAGUCAGUAACGUGCUUGUCAUAAACGUUACUACAUGAAGUGACACUGUAUUGUGUUAUAGAAAUGUGGACGGCAUGACAAUGGAUUGACGUCUGUUUACUUAGUGCAUAAUGAAUAUGCCUUUUGACAUGUGCUCUGAUGUCUGUGAGGCUUAGGCACUGCAAGAUGAUGCUAUGUAAAUAUCGAUUAUCAUUCAGCCUUUAGUUGCCCCAAACUAUGAUCAAUCAUGACAAGUCAUUGUUAACUCAGUCACAAGGAGAGCUUGAAUAAGAUGUUUUUUCCGUAUAAGUUGCGUUUCAUACAUCGCACUGUGUGUGUUGAUGGAUGUAUUUGAUUGAUAUAGGAAUACUGGAAGUGUCUUACUCUUUAGUGACGUGUA